AUGAACAGUUCUCUCUCCAUAUCUCAGGCGUCAUCUUUAAACCAGGGGCGGAGAGGCCUCGGCUCAGUUUUUGUCUGGGCGUCAGGAAAUGGUGGAAGGAGCAAAGACCACUGCUCCUGUGACGGCUACACCAACAGCAUCUAUACCAUCUCCAUCAGCAGCACAGCCGAAAGUGGAAAGAAGCCUUGGUACCUGGAAGAGUGUUCAUCCACGCUGGCCACAACCUACAGCAGUGGAGAGUCCUAUGAUAAGAAAAUAAUCACUACGGACCUGAGGCAGCGUUGCACCGACAACCACACAGGGACAUCAGCCUCAGCCCCCAUGGCUGCGGGCAUCAUCGCACUGGCCCUGGAAGCCAAUCCGUUUCUGACCUGGAGAGACGUGCAGCAUGUUAUUGUCAGGACUUCCCGUGCAGGACAUUUGAACGCUAAUGACUGGAAAACCAAUGCUGCUGGUUUUAAGGUGAGCCAUCUCUAUGGAUUUGGACUGAUGGAUGCAGAAGCCAUGGUGAUGGAGGCGGAGAAGUGGACCACUGUUCCCCAGCAGCACGUGUGUGUGGAGAGCACAGACCGACAAAUCAAGACGAUCCGCCCCAACAGUGCAGUGCGCUCCAUCUACAAAGCUUCGGGCUGCUCCGACAACCCCAACCAUCACGUCAGCUACCUAGAGCACGUGGUCGUGCGCAUCACCAUCACCCACCCCAGGAGGGGAGACCUGGCCAUCUACCUGACCUCGCCCUCAGGAACCAGGUCCCAGCUUUUGGCCAACAGGCUUUUUGAUCAUUCCAUGGAAGGAUUUAAAAAUUGGGAGUUCAUGACCAUUCAUUGCUGGGGAGAACGAGCUGCCGGUGACUGGAUCCUGGAAGUCUAUGACACUCCCUCUCAGCUGAGGAACUUCAAGACUCCAGGUAAAUUGAAAGAAUGGUCUCUGGUCCUCUAUGGCACCUCUGUGCAGCCAUACUCCCCCACCAAUGAGUUUCCUAAAGUGGAGCGUGUCCGGUACAGCCGAGUGGAAGACCCCACCGACGACUAUGGGAUGGAGGAUUAUGCAGGUCCCUGUGACCCUGAGUGCAGUGAGGUGGGCUGUGAUGGGCCAGGACCCGACCACUGCAGUGACUGUUUGCACUACUACUACAAGCUGAAAAAUAACACCAGAAUCUGUGUCCCCAGCUGCCCUCCUGGCCACUACCAUGCUGACAAGAAGCGAUGCAGAAAGUGUGCCCCCAACUGCGAGUCCUGCUUCGGGAGCCACGGGGACCAGUGCCUGUCCUGUAAAUAUGGAUACUUCCUGAAUGAAGAAACCAACAGCUGUGUCACUCACUGCCCUGAUGGAUCAUAUCAAGACACCAAGAAAAGUCUUUGCCGGAAGUGCAAUGAAAACUGCAAGACAUGUACUGAAUCUGACAACUGUACAGAAUGCAGGGAGGGGUUAAGCCUGCAGGGGUCCCGGUGUGCUGUCACCUGUGAGGAUGGAUGGUACUUCAACGGCCAAGACUGCCAGCCCUGCCACCGCUUCUGCGCCACCUGUACUGGCGCGGGCGCUGACGGGUGUAUUAACUGCACAGGGGGCUACUUCAUGGAGGAGCGGCGGUGCGUGCAGAGCUGUAGGAUCAGCUACUACUUUGACCACGCUUCAGAAAAUGGACACAAAUCCUGCAAAAAAUGUGACGCCAGCUGUUUGACAUGCAAUGGUCCAGGGAUCAAGAACUGUACAAGCUGUCCCAGUGGGUAUCUCUUAGACUUAGGAAUGUGUCAGAUGGGGGCCAUCUGCAAAGACGGAGAAUACGUCGAUGAGCACGGCCACUGCCAGAUCUGUGAAGCCUCGUGUGCCCGGUGCCGAGGACCAACCCAGGAAGACUGCACAGGCUGCCCUCUCACAAGGAUUUUUGAUGAUGGCCGCUGCGUUUUCAACUGUUCCUUGGGCAAAUUUGAAUUCAGGAACCAGUGUCAUCCAUGUCACUUCACCUGCCAAGAAUGCCAAGGAGAUGGGCCUUCCAGCUGCACCUCCUGUGGAGUAGACAAGCGUGGCCGAGAGCGGUUCCUGCACCGGGGGGAGUGUCGAGAGAGCUGCCCCCCAGGAUACUACCCUGACGAGGGCCACAUCUGCCAGCCCUGCCCAGACAACUGUGAGCUCUGUCACAGCACACGCGUCUGCACACGAUGUGUGCGCGGCUACUUCGUGAUGCCCUCCAAUCACAGCUGCCAGAAGUUAGAAUGUGGACAAGGUGAAAUCCAAGACCCAGACUAUGAAGAAUGUGUGUCUUGUGAAGAAGGGUGUCUGGGAUGCAGCUUGGAUGAUCCAGGAACCUGCACAUCAUGCGCUACAGGGUACUACAUGUUCAAACACCACUGUUAUAAAACCUGUCCUGAGAAGACCUACAGGGAAGAAUCUGAAUGCAAAGCGUGUGAUACCAACUGUGGCAACUGUGACCACAAUGAGUGUUACUGGUGUGAAGAGGGCUUCUUCCUCUUGGGGGGCAGCUGUGUGAGGAACUGUGGCCCCGGCUUCUACGGCGACCCAGAGAUGGGAGUCUGUGAGCCCUGCCACCAAGCCUGCGAAACCUGCACCGGCCUUGGCCACGACCAAUGCAGCAGCUGCCGAGAAGGCCUGCAGCUGCUGCGGGGGACAUGUGUGCGUCACGCCCACACCCAGGAGGAAGGCAGCUUCUGGAAUGACCUUUUGAGAAGACACCAGUCAUGUCAUUCUUCCUGUAAAACCUGCCAUGGAUCGGCAACCCUAUGCACUUCAUGUCCAAAAGGCACCUAUCUGCUGGCUCAGACCUGCGUCCCAUCCUGUCCCCAAGGCACGUGGCCCUCGGUGAGGAGCGGCAGCUGCGAGAACUGCACAGAAGACUGUGCCUCUUGCUCCGAAGUCAAUCUUUGCCAAAAGUGCCAAACGCGGCCAGACCACCCCCUCUUCCUCCACCAAGGCAGGUGCUUCACCAGGUGCCCUGAGGGCUUCUAUGCAGAUGACGAUACUUGUGAGCGCUGCAGCUCUUCCUGCAGAACUUGUGAAGGAAAUGCCACCAGCUGUCAGUCCUGCGAAGCAGGCCUUGUCCUGGACCAGGGGGUGUGCCGGGAGACCUGCCCCGAGAGGCACGUGGCCAUGGACGGGGUGUGCAAGCGCUGCCCAGAGAUGUGCCAGGACUGCAUCCAUGAGAAAACAUGCAAAGAGUGCAUGCCCGAGUUCUUCCUGUAUAAGCAUGCGUGCCACCAGUCCUGUCCCAGCCACUUCUACGCAGACAGGCGCCACUGUGUUCCCUGCCAUGAAGACUGUCUGGAGUGCAGUGGCCCCUCGGCGGAUGACUGCGACCUCUGUGCCGACACGUCCUUGGUUCUCUACGAUGGGCGGUGUUUAGAUGAGUGUCCAGAACGAACUUACCUUGAAAAAGAGACUCAGGUCUGCAAAGACUGUCACAAGUCCUGCCGCACCUGCUCGUCCUCGGGGGCCUGCACGACGUGUCAGGAAGGCCUGAGGGUGAACAACCACGGGGGCUGUGUGCCUCACGCGGAAUGCGCCGCCGUGGAGUACUGGGACAAGGAGGCACUAGCGUGCAAGGCCUGUCACGCCAAGUGCCUCCACUGCACGGGGCCCGCGGAGAACCAGUGUCAGACCUGCCUGCGGGACAGCCUUCUGCUCAACACAACCUGCGUGCAGGACUGCCCCGAAGGCUACUACGCUGAUGAGGACAGCCACCGGUGUGCCCCCUGCCACAGCUCUUGUAGGACAUGUGAAGGAAGACACAGCAUGCAAUGCCUCUCCUGCCUGCCAGGCUGGUUCCAACUGGGACAGCAGUGCCUGACCCAGUGCAGAGAAGGAUAUUAUGCAGAAAACUCCACAGGACAGUGCAAGAGGUGCAGCAGGAGCUGCAAGGCCUGCCAGGGCCCGCAGCCCACAGACUGCCUGUCCUGUGAUCCAUUCUUCUUUCUGCUCCGCUCCAAAGGACAGUGUCACCGCACCUGUCCAGAGCAUCACUACGUGGAGCAAAGCACCCAGACCUGCGAGAGAUGCCACCCGACCUGUGAUAAAUGCAAAGGGAAAGGAGCAUUGAACUGCUUGUCCUGUGUGUGGAGCUACCACCUGGUGGGAGGACUGUGUACCUCGGACUGUCUUGUGGGGGAGUUCAGAGUGGGAGAGGGGGAGAAAUUUAACUGUGAAAAGUGCCACGAGAGCUGCAUAGAAUGCAAGGGUCCCGGCAGCAGGAACUGCACCGUGUGCCCUGCCGGCCUGGUGCUGCACAUGGACGACAGCCGCUGCCUGCGUUGCUGCAAUGCCUCCGGUCCCACCAGUGCCCAGGAGUGCUGUGACUGCCACAAUACCCAAGAUGAGUGUAUCCUUCAAGCACGUGAGGUUGAGCCUGCAGGUGAGCGUUCCAAGACAGCCCUGUUGAUGACUUCCUCCAUCAUGCUGGUGCUUCUGCUCGGGGCAGCUGUGAUUGUCUGGAGGAAAUCUCGGGGCAGAGCCAAGUCAACAGAAAAAGGCGGCUAUGCAAAGCUGGCUGAACCUAGCGUGUCUUACUCCUCCUAUAAGAGCAGCCAUCGUGAGAGCUUUGAAGAGGAUCAGGUGAUUGAGUACAGAGACCGGGAGUAUGAUGAGGAUGAGGAUGAUGACAUUGUCUACAUGGGCCAAGAUGGCACUGUCUACCGGAAAUUUAAGUAUGGGCUGCUGGAUGAUGACAAUGAAGACGACCUGGAAUACGAUGAUGAGAGCUACUCCUACCAGUAAACAGAGGCCAUGCCCACCCCACCACAUUCCGCUCAUGGGCAUGUAUGUGAGCAUUACAGUGUUGGAUUUUAUCCCAACGUAUCAGGCUGACGUGAGGGUGUUUUCCUUCUUAACCAAGAAUCCAACUAGAGUAUAUGAGAGUGCUGAAAUAUUUUGUUCUUUUGGAUGGUUAAACUCAAUUAACCAUAAUUAUUCAACCAUGAUUGAGAAACAAGGAUAAAAUUUGGAGGAAUUGUUCUCGAAACAGUAUCUCAAGACAUAAAACAUAGAAAGUUUUUUUUUAAAGUGAAAUUUUUGUGCAAACCAUUUCAUGUGAUUAAAAAAAAGAAAUAGACCUAUAGAAAUUCUGUUUCUCAGCUGCAUUGUAGAGAUAUUUGCUACCUUUUCAAUUUCUGAUAUUUCUGUAAUUGAUUUUGGGGGAUGAGGAGACAGAAGAACUGUUUGUCUUAGGGGAUUUUCCUCCCCUUUUAGUUCUCUUGGGGCAGAGAUUUGUUCCUUAAGAGACCACUAAAGAAAGUUCUCCUCCUCAUGCCAUUUAUACCAAUUACUCCAGCUCCCUGAGUAAUAGAGACCACCUCUGCUGAGGCUGAUCAGGAUCUAUUUAUAGACAGGAGAAAAGACAUGAGAGGUUGCUUCAGAGCCAGGGAAGCAUGCAUCCUCCAUGCCUUGGUUCCUCUGCAGUAGUCCAUAGUCAUGAUGAUUCUAGAGCAAGCUCAGGCAGGAGACUGGUGACAGCAAGCCCAGGAGGAAAGACAUCACCAUUUCUAAGAAUGGUCAGUCUUACAUUCUCGUGAUUUUUCUAAGGGUGUUUCUGGUUAGAAACAACAGCUAAAACAUCAAGUAAUAAAAGAAAAUUGGCAAUGUUAACCUAACAUAAAAUGGGAUGAAAUGACAAAAACUUCAGAUACUCUUUUAAAAAAAAGACUUUAGCUACUAAAUUAAAGAGCUUUUAUGAACAGCCCAUCACAGAACUGUGGGCUCGCCACAGAAAAAGUUAGAAUGUAGUCUAACAUGGAAAUUCCCAACAUCCUGCUCACCAGCUUAAUCCAGCUGCUGACCAGCCUUCCAACACUCUUCAUCUCUAUGAUUUUUUGUUUCUAGACAUCCUAGGCAUCCCUUUUUCCAUCCUCCUGUCAAGUAUACUCUUGGAUUUGUGCACACAGGAAAGUUUUUCUGCAGUCAAUACAGAGAAGAGUUCCUGCUAAGUGAAAUUAAGUAAGCAGGGUUUUAUGUAUUUCCUUGUCAAAACAGAAGUGAUUGGCAGUCUUGGGAGUGAACCACCAGAAAGAGAUAUUUUCAGAUAAUGAGGACAAUCACACACAAACAUAAAUGUAUUUCACACUAUGUACUAGGUACCAAGCUCGAUAAGUCCUUUUAAAAACUCACCCCAUUUAAUAUCACUGUAACUUCUUAAGGUUGGUACCAUUAUUACUCUUUUUUUGAAUAGGAAAGCCAAGGCUUAUGAAAAGUUAAAUAGCCCAAGGUCACAGAAAGCUUAUCAAGGUUUAGGGGAAAAAGGAUGACUCUAAAAUGUGUGUUCCUAAAAACUAUGCUACACUGACACGGAAUAGAAAAAGAAGCAUCCUAAAUCUAAUGAAGGCCUAUCUUACUUUAUGAUAUGGCAAUGCUAUUCUCUUUCCUGAAUGUGUACAUUUUCUUUUUUUAAAAAAACAUAUCACUGACACAGGAAAUCUUUGUAAAGAAGUCUUGGGUUUACUGAAGGCCUCUGUGUUUCUUUAAGGGAAAGCUCUUAAAACAAAGAUUGGCAGACUUUCUCUGAGAAGAGCCAGAUAGUAAAUACUUUAGGCUUUGCACAACUCUCAGCUCUGCCAUUGUGGCAUGCAUGCAGCCAACCCACAACAAAUGGGUGGGCUGUGCUCCAAGAAAACUUUAUUUAUGGACACUGAACUUUGGAUUUAAGAUAAUUUUCACAUAUCAUAAAAUAGUAUCCUUCUUUUGAUUUUUUUCCUCAGUCACUUAAAAAUGUGAAAAGUCAUUCUUGCCUCAAGGCAGUAAAGAAACAGGUGAUGGGCCAGAUUUGGCCAAGAGACUGUAAUUUGCUGACAAAAAUUCCUAAGAGACCAUGUAUAUCACAGACACAUAUGAUAUGGUCCAAAAAAUUUUGAUCAUUUAAAAUCACCCCAUGAAAACCUAUUUGAAAUCUUUAUAGAUCCUUUUCCAAAUCUUAGAAACAAAUAGAAAUACAUAUAAGAUAGCCAUCUCAUCAUGGAGAAUGGAAUGGCAAUCCACUCCAAAAUUCUUGCCCAGGAAAUCUCAUGGACAGAGGAACCUGGUGGACUA